AUAAUGACAUUCGUUUCGUAAGGAAAACAUGGAACUAACUCGACCAGAACCCCGCCAAAGAUGUCGCUGUCGUAGGCAUGGCCUGCCGGGUUGCAGGUGGCAACAACAACCCAGAACAGCUUUGGCAGUCGUUGUUGCAGAAGAAAGAUGCCUCGGGCGAGAUCCCGGAGAUGCGCUGGGAGCCGUACCUGCGCCGCGACUCACGCAACGCCAAGAUUCUCAAGGAGACCACCUCGCGUGGCUACUUCCUCGACCGGCUCGAGGACUUCGACGGCCAGUUCUUCGGCAUCUCGCCCAAGGAGGCAGAGCAGAUGGACCCCCAGCAGCGCAUCUCCCUCGAGGUCACUUGGGAAGCCUUGGAGAAUGCGGGAAUCGCCGCCAAGUCGCUCUCAGGCAGUGACACCGCGGUUUUCUGGGGGGUGAACUCUGACGACUACUCCAAGCUAGUGCUGGAGGAUUUGCCUAACGUGGAGGCGUGGAUGGGCAUCGGCACAGCUUACUGCGGGGUCCCCAACCGCAUCUCCUACCAUCUCAACCUGAUGGGCCCCAGCACGGCUGUUGAUGCUGCUUGCGCCUCGUCACUCGUCGCUGUCCACCACGGUGUGCAAGCUAUUAUCCUUGGGGAGUCCAAGGUCGCUAUCGUCGGCGGUGUCAACGCGCUGUGCGGACCUGGGUUGACUCGGGUUCUUGAUAAGGCCGGUGCGGUCUCUCCUGAGGGGCGCUGCUGCUCGUUCGACAACGAUGUGAAGGGAUACGGCCGUGGUGAAGGUGCCGCUGCGAUUGUGUUGAAGAAUCUCUCGGAUGCUAUCAAGGACGGUGACCACAUCAUGGCCGUCAUCAAGGGAACUGCCGUCGCACAAGACGGCAAGACCAACGGCAUCAUGGCUCCCAAUGCAAAGGCCCAGCAGCUUGUCGCCAACAAUGCUCUCAAGGUGGGCAACAUCGACCCUCUUACUGUCGGAUAUGUCGAGGCCCACGCCACCUCGACUCCGCUAGGCGACCCCACCGAGGUCUCUGCCAUUGCUGCAAUUUAUGGCACGGAUCGAGAGCCAGAGUCCCCUUGCUUCAUUGGGUCCAUCAAGCCGAACAUCGGCCACUUGGAGGCUGGCGCUGGCGCUAUGGGUUUCAUCAAAGCAGUCAUGUCUGUACAAAAGGGUGUUCUUGCUCCUCAGGCCAACCUCACCACACUAACCAAGAAGGUUGACUGGGACAAUGUCGGCCUCAAGGUUGUUCAGGAAGAGACGAAGUGGCCCUCCACGGAUGACAUCCGUCGUGCCGCCAUCUGCUCCUACGGUUAUGGCGGCACGGUGUCCCACGCGGUCAUCGAGCAAUUCAACUUCCCUGAGACGCUGGAUCUCUCGCCGGCCUCCUCCCCCGCGAACCCCACAGUGCUGCUCCUUUCUGGUCCCCAGGAGAAGCGUCUGCCCGUUCAGGCUCGUGCCCUCCGGGACUGGUUGCAAACGGAGGGCUCUGAGCAGGACCUGAAACAUGUGGCCGCGACUUUGGCCGUGCGACGCGACCACCACGAUUACCGCGCGGCCAUCGUGGUUGAAAGCAAGGAGGAUGCCAUCGAAGCUUUGGGACAGCUGGCAGAUGGAGGCAACGACGCCUGGACCUCGCAGAGCCGUGUCUUCGGAGCUGGUAUUAGUAGAAACGUCGUAUGGGUUUUCUCCGGCCACGGAGCUCAAUGGGCCGAGAUGGGCAAGGAGCUACUGCAGAACCCCAUCUUCGUUCAGGCUGUUCAGCCCCUGGACGAGAUUGUCGAAGCGGAGAUUGGUCUCUCUCCCAUCGCCCUUCUCCAGAGCGGCGAGUUCGAAGCAUCCGACCACGUCCAAAUUCUGACGUACAUCAUGCAGAUUGGUAUCUCCGCCGUGCUUCAUAGCCACGGUGUGUACCCUCAAGCGAUUAUCGGUCAUUCGGUCGGUGAGAUCGCCGCGAGUGUGGUUGCUGGUGCCCUCACGGCCGAGGAAGGUGCAGUCCUCAUCACUCGUCGGUCAGUUCUCUACCGUAAAGUCAUGGGUCAGGGCGGCAUGAUCCUAGUCAACAAGCCAUACGCAGAGGUGGCGAAGGAGUUGGUCGGUCGCGAGGAUCUCGUCGUCGCGAUUGACUCAUCGCCAUCAUCUUGUGUCGUGGCUGGGUCGACCCAAGCCGUGGCUGAGAAGGCCGUCGAGUUCAAGGAGCGAGGCAUCAAGACCUUCACCGUUCGCACGGAUAUCGCCUUCCACAGCCCUAUGCUGAACCAACUGGUUGCUCCCCUGAUGGAGUCUCUCGAUGGGAGUCUCUCUCCGACUGUCCCUAAUCGCGCGAAGCUCUACUCGACUUCUCUCCGCGAUCCCCGUGGCCAGGACUUGCGCGACGCCACAUACUGGGCCAACAACAUGGUCAACCCCGUCCACCUCACCUCUGCCGUCCAAGCAGCGCUGGAUGACUCCUACCGUGUGUUCCUGGAGGUUUCCACUCACCCGCUCGUCUCUCACUCCAUCAACGAGACGAUCAUGGAUGCUGGAAUCGAAGAUUACUGCAUGAUCCCGACCCUGGCCCGCAAGAAGCCAAGUGGGAAGAGCAUUCUCCAUGCCAUCGGCCAGCUUCACACUCGGGGUGCCAAUGUGGACUGGAAGUCACAGAUGGCUGGUCCCUGGGCUGGCGGGCUACCGAACACCCCCUGGAUGCACAAGCCCACCUGGCGGCAGAUUGGGGCCAGUUCCGCGCCAGCGUCGCAAACUCACGACGUUGAGAAGCACACUCUCCUGGGCCAGCGCAUCGGAGUUGCCGGGACCGACACCGUGGUAUACACUACUCGGCUGGAUAACGACAGCAAGCCCUUCCCGGGCAGCCACCCUCUACAUGGCACCGAGAUCGUACCGGCCGCCGGUCUGGUCAACACCUUCGUCAAGGCCACAGGGGCUAAUGUGCUGAACAAUGUCGUCCUCCGUGUUCCGGUGGCCAUCAACGCGCCGCGGUCGGUGCAGAUUGUUGCGCAGCGCGAAGAGGUCAAGAUCAUGUCUCGACUGAUCCAGGAGAAUGAAGGAGCCAAUGAUGAUUCUUCGUGGGUCACCCAUACCACCGCCCGGUGGGAGUCGACGCCUACCUCUUCCUCUCCUGCUCGCGUGGAUGUUGAGGCGACUAAAGCCCGCAUUGGAACACGUCUGCGGGAUGAUUUCUCGAUCGAUUACCUCGACAAGGUUGGUGUGUCGGCCAUGGGCUUCCCAUGGGCCGUCACCGAGCACUACGGCAACACCAAGGAGAUGAUUGCCCGUGUUGACGCUGCUCCUUCUGUGGCUGCAGAUGGCGAGCUUCCCUGGGAUGCAUCCUCCUGGGCGCCCAUCCUGGAUGCAGCGACCUCGGUCGGCUCCACCAUCUUCUUCAACGAACCCCGGCUGCGCAUGCCUGCUCAAAUCGAGCGAGUCGACAUCUUCACCCGGGAGAACCCACCCAAGGUUGGUUGGCUGUACGUGCAGGAGGCCUCCGACACGGCGCUGGCGUCGCAUGUCAGUGUCUGCGAUGAGGCGGGCAACGUUGUGGCCAAAUUCACCUCCAUGCGUUUCUCGGAGAUCGAGGGAACCCCCGGCGUCAGCGGCAGCAUGGAGAGCCUCGUCCACCAGAUGGCCUGGCCCCCUGCUGUGCCGGCCGAGGAGCCUCUCCCCAUUAACCAACUUGUGCUCAUCUCCGAGGACGUUGCUCUCCGUGAGAGAUACGCUGCUACCAUCUCGACUGCGGCAUCCGUUGUCCAGCUAGCGAACGCACGGGACCUAGCCACCAACCGCGAUAACCUCCCUCUCAGCAACAAAGAGACGGCCAUCGUCUACAUCCCAGGACAGGUCUCCUCUUUGCAGGACGUGCCCAAGUCAGCCGAAGCAUUCACCUGGCAGCUUCUCGAGCUCGUCAAGUUCGUGGUCAACAACACCUUACCACCGAAAGUCUUUGUCGUCACAUCCAACACCGGCGAGGGCGAGACCCCGACCGCUCUCGCACACGCACCGCUCGUGGGUCUUAGCCGCGUGAUUGCCAGCGAGCACAGCGACCAAUUCGGCGGCCUAAUCGAUACGGAAGUGCCUACCUUCCCCCUGACGACGAUGCGCUACAUCCAAGGCGCAGACAUCGUCCGCAUCCGCGACGGAGUGGCCCGCACCAUGCGUCUCCGAUCGCUGCAGCGCCACCGCCUCCUCCAGCAAGACCAGCAACAGCAGCAGCUCCUCCCUCGCCCCGACGGCACCUAUCUCAUUACCGGCGGUCUGGGAGCUCUGGGCCUCGAAGUGGCCGACUUCCUGGUCACGGAGGGGGCUCGGCGCGUGAUCCUCAUCUCCCGCCGCGGUCUCCCUCCGCGCCGCAUGUGGGCCGACAUGCAGCCCUCCUCUCCGCUUGCGCCAACGAUCACCAAGAUCCUCGACCUCGAGGCGCGCGGCGCCUCCAUCCACGUCCUCGCGCUCGACAUCAGCGUACCCUCAGCCGCGGACCAACUCACCGCUGCCCUGGACGCGCUCUCUCUACCGCCCGUGCGCGGCGUGGUUCACGCCGCCGGCGUCCUCGACAACGAGCUCGUCCUCGACACAACACCCGACGCCUUCGCCCGGGUCCUGGCCCCGAAAAUCACAGGCGGACUGGUGCUGAACGAAGUCUUCCCCCCGCAAAGUGUGGACUUUUUCGUGCUCUUCAGCUCCUGCGGACAGCUAGUCGGAUUCACAGGACAGAGCUCCUACGGCGCGGGCAAUGCCUUCCUGGACACGCUGGCCGCGCACCGACAGCAACAGGGCGACCGGGGGGCGCGGGCCUUCCAAUGGACGGCGUGGCGCGGGCUGGGGAUGGGCGCCAGCACGGACUUCAUCAACGCGGAGCUAGCGAGCAAGGGGAUCACGGACGUGACAGCGGACGAGGCGUUCGCUGCCUGGCGGCACGCCGCACGCUACGAAGGCGACCACGCGGUGGUGCUGCGCGCGCUGCCACUUGAAGCCGACGAGCCGCUGCCGUCCCCUGCGCUGGCCGACAUCGCCGUCCGUCGCGUCUCGGCCUCUAGUGACUCUUCCUCGUCCUCAUCCCCCUCAGCCGAGAAAAAGUCGAUCCCCACCUCCGGCCCCGAGCUGAAGGCGUACCUCGACCAGGCCAUCCGCGGCUGCGUCGCCGCCGUCCUGCACCUCCCGUCCGCCGACGAGGUCGACGCCAAAGCCGCGCUCGCGGAUCUGGGCGUCGACUCCGUUAUGACCGUCACGCUGCGCCAGAAGCUGCAGCAGGCGCUGCGGGUGAAGGUGCCGCCGACGUUGACGUGGAGCCAUCCCACGGUCGGACACUUGGUGGGUUGGUUCGCGGAGAAGGUGGGCGACAACAAGGCGGAUUCUUGA